AGCGCGGAGUCCAUUCAAUCGUCCGCGUUCAGCCUCACUGGAGGCUUCAUCUCUCAGCCGAGCGGACCUGGUCCGUCUGCCGGGUCUUCACUGGCCAGUAGCGCCUUUACUGCUUCUUCUGGGGGUGGCGGGUAACCCGGUUUUUGGGCCGUGACGCUCAUGUGCGUUUGACGGGAGUGCCGAGCGAUGUCUGCGCCGGGCUUCACGAACCUGAACAGCUCCAUCGGCUACAGCCAGAACUCCACGCCGAACGGUGGAGCUGCGCCCCCGUAUCAGAACGGUCCCGCGCAGACCUAUUCAUCCAUUUAUCCACCUGCGGGCUACCAUGCAGCUCCACCACAGCCACAGGGCUACCCCACCAUCCCUGCCCAGCCCCCUCCUGUUUCCAGCAAAGCACCCGCUGUGAACAGUUCCCACAGCGCUAACUACUACCAGAAAAACCACCACCAUCAUCAUCAUCAACAGCAGCAUCAGCACAUCCCUCAGCAUCAUGUAGCUCCCUCCCCAUAUAGUGCUACCCUAAGCUCUGCCCCUCCUUCUCAGCCAUAUGCCACCCAUCCCUUGUCGGCACCCCCUCCGUCAAACACCCAGUACAGCCAACAGCCGUUUCAGCAGCAGCAGCAGCAUCUGUCUUACGCUACUCCAGCAUCCUACUAUGGACAACAGUCCUACCACGCUCCUCCAGCCCAUCCUCCCCAGCAGCAGCAACCCACAUUAGUUCCUGCGCCCUCAAGUGGCCCAGGAGCUCCCAUCUACCCCAUUAUCUCAUACCCAUCUGCACCAGGAAGCAGCCAGUAUGGCACCCUUAGUUCCUCCCAGAGCACCUCAUCGCCGGGACUCAAGCCCACCCAGAUGGGUGUCCCCCUACACCAGUACAGCACCACUCGGUCGGUCUCCACCACAGAAGGGCAGCCUGGGUACAAUGUGGCUCCUUCUAGUCAGAUGGCACAGACAAUGAAUGGUCAAGGAAGCACAGCCCAGACCAAUGUUCACCAACAGUAUGACCAAAGCCACCAGCCUUCUGUGAACUACAACAGCUAUGACAGAAUCCCUCACACCAGUAGUGCUGCAGAUGUAGACCAACCGCCUUCAGGAUCCCCUUCCACUUCAGUCCAUUCCUCACCAAGCCAUCAUCAAGGCUUGCAGUAUGGAUACGCUGCUAAUAGUGGAGCCAGCUCUGCCUCUGCCACCACCUCAGGCCCAACAGCAGCUCCCUCGUCAUCCAGCUCUGAGGACGAUGAUGAGGAAGAGGAAGAUGAUGACGAAGAAGCAGGUGGUGACACGUCAUCGUCAACUACUGGCAGUGCCUCUCCAGUGCCCAACAGCUUUGAUUCCCUUGAAGGCGGCAGCUAUCCAGAUUCCAUGCCACCUUCCAGUGAUAUGAGCAGCCCGUCUCAGCCGUACGCUGGCUAUGGGUACCCCAGCAUGCAGCCAGGCUAUCAGCACGGACCGGCCAAGGCAGACCUGUCUCCAGGUUGCAACCUGUACAGCCAGCCAAGCUACCAGCAGUACUCCCAGCCAUUCCCGAACUUGUCCCAACUGUCUGCAGCCCUGGGGGGGCUGAGUGGGGUUCCAGAGUUAGAAGUGGAAGCUCUGAGGCCAGUUAACCUGCUGCAGGAGAGGAACCUGCUACCACCCAGGCCCCUGGAGGCCCCUGAGCCUAACCUCAGCCCUGAGCUGAAGAACGUCAACUGCAGUCCACAGACGUUUAGGUGUACCCUCAGCAGCAUUCCCCAGACCCAGGCUCUGCUCAACAAGGCUCGACUCCCGCUGGGGCUGCUCCUCCACCCUUUCAGAGACCUACAGCAGCUUCCAGUGAUCACGUCAAACACGAUCGUGCGCUGCCGCUCCUGUCGCACCUACAUCAAUCCAUUCGUCACCUUCCUGGACCAGCGCAGGUGGAAGUGCAACCUGUGUUACCGGGUCAACGAUGUUCCAGAUGAGUUUAUGUACAACCCAGUCACACGGUCGUACGGCGAGCCUCAUAAAAGACCAGAGGUCCAAAACUCCACCGUGGAGUUCAUUGCCUCCUCGGACUACAUGUUGCGGCCUCCACAACCUGCUGUCUACCUGUUCGUGCUCGGGUCUUACAACGCUGUCGAAGCAGGUUACCUAAAGUACUUUUGUGAAUCGCUUCUGGAGAACCUGGAGAAGUUGCCCGGGGACACGCGCAUGAGAGUGGGCUUCCUCACCUUUGACAGCACCAUCCACUUCUACAACCUGCAGGAGGGACUGUCCCAACCACAGAUGCUAGUGGUGUCCGACAUAGACGAUGUCUUCAUACCAUCUCACGACAGUUUGAUGGUGAACCUAAAGGAAAGCAAGGAGCUGGUGAAGGACCUGCUGACCUCGCUGCCUGCCAUGUUCAGUCAGAGCAGGGAGACGCACAGUGCCCUCGGCCCGGCCUUACAGGCUGCUUUCAAGCUCAUGUCGCCCACCGGGGGACGCGUCACGGUGUUUCAGACGCAGCUGCCCACAGUGGGUGCUGGUAUGCUGCAGUCGAGGGAAGACCCCAACCAGCGCUCCAGCACAAAGGGAGUGCAGCACCUCGGCCCAGCCACAGAUUUCUAUAAGAAACUCGCCCUGGACUGUUCAGGACAACAGAUCGGUGUGGACCUGUUCCUGCUCAGCUCCCAGUACACUGACCUUGCCUCACUGGCGUGUAUAUCCAAGUACUCUGCCGGCAGCAUCUUUUACUACCCAUCCUUUCAUUACAUUCACAACCCGGCGCAGCUGGAGAAGUUCCAGAAAGAUCUUGAGCGAUACCUCACCAGGAAGAUUGGCUUCGAGGCCGUCAUGAGAAUACGAUGUACUAAAGGUCUGUCCAUUCAUACAUUCCAUGGGAACUUCUUUGUGCGAUCCACUGACCUGCUGUCCCUGGCUAAUGUGAACCCAGACUCUGGCUUUGCUGUCCAGAUGUCAAUUGAUGACUCUUUGGCCGACUCCUCUCUCGCCUGCUUCCAGGCUGCUUUGCUUUACACGUCCAGUAAAGGAAAAAGGCGUAUCAGAGUCCACACUCUGUGUCUGCCUGUUGUCAACCAGCUAAGUGACGUGUACGCUGGAGCUGAUGUUCAGGCCAUCACUUGUCUGCUGGCCAACAUGGCCAUCGACCGCUCUGUUUCAUCCAGCCUAUCGGAUGCUCGAGAUGCCCUGCUGAACGCAGUGGUGGAUUUGGUGACUGCCUAUAAGAGCAACGUGUCAAACCUGCAGCAGUCCGGCCUCGUUGUCCCUGCAUCCAUGCGCUUUCCUCUUUACAUCCAUGCUCUCCUAAAACAGAAAGCUUUGCGGACCGGCACCAGCACACGUCUGGAUGAGCGGGUCUUUGCCAUGUGUGAGUUUAAGACGCAGCCGCUACAGCAGCUGAUGAGAAUGGUUCAUCCCGACCUGUACCGGCUGGACACCAUGUCAGACCAGGGGGCGCUCCAUUUGAACGACACUGUGGUGCCACAGCCUCAUCUGCUCCAUCUGUCUGCUGAGAGGCUGAGCAGAGAUGGAGCCUUCCUCAUGGACUGUGGCAAUGUGUUUUACCUCUGGAUCGGCAAAUGCUGCAGAAUGUUCAUCCGAGACGUGUUGGGCUGCCCCCACUACGCCUCCAUCCCACCCAACAUGAGUCACAUUCCUGAGCUGGAGACUCCUCUCUCCGAGAGGGUGCGAGCGUUUCUCGACUGGCUGGAGGACAACCGGGCGUUCAGCUCCACCAUACACAUUGUCAAGGACGAUGCUUCAGCUAAAGCCACUUUCUUCCAGCACCUGGUGGAAGAUCGGUCUGAGUCGGCGUCUUCAUAUUAUGAAUUCCUGCAGCACAUUCAGCAGCAAGUAACCAAGUAGACGACCCGUACCCCCAGAGAGACUGACCGUUGAGAGACCUGGGCCCGUAGAGCCAGGACUAGGGUGAGCCAGAGAUGGACACUCAUCGCUCCCUGUGAUCCGUUUCAGUGAGGUGGGUGACCUCCCAUUCUUCUGAAACUGCCAUCAAAACAAAUCCACCACAAAGCUUUUGGUCAGUCGCGGUUUGACCACGGUACGGGACGAGGGACCGCUGUAGAAUCACUGGACUGGAUGAAGGAUCAGUGAUUUGCUUCGCCGCUGCCUCUUAACCACCGUCGAACCUCAUCAGACUCCAUCGGCGGUGAGAAAAGAGGCGGAAAGAAAGUCGAGCUAUGAAGAUGCCACUUCAUGUUUUUAGUUGAAUUAGUUUUGAGCCUCACAUGUAGCCGGUCGGUUUUUAUUUAUUUUAUUCCUUCACUUCCUUGUUUUGAAUGUUGAAUACACUGGAGCACAUACAGUCGGCCAGCUGUCGUUCUUUUGUCUUGUUUUUUUUUGGCAUGUGCUUGAAACACAGAAUGCACGUCACGUUUUGUUUGCUGCUAGAAAGAUGACGAACGCGAUUCAAAACCUGUGGGUUCCUUAUUAACGGCUCCACUCUCCCGAUUUAAGAUCGCAGGUUAUAAAAAAUGCCCCAAGGUAUAAAACGUCACUGUCUCUUAUCUCUUAUUUUCCCCACAUCCGCUAACUCGACUUGCUAUCCAUUUUGUAACUAUUAACAGAAUCUUUUAUGUGCGAUAAUUUAUGAACCAGCUUAUUAAAUAAAAACAAAAACAGA